CAACCAACCAAGCAGCCUCCUUUGUCUCUCUCUGUGGCGGCGGCGGCGGCGGCGGCCGGCGGCGAGGCGAUGAGGGCGGUCACCGGCGCCAUCGUCUCCUCCAAGCCGUGCUCGCUCCUCAAGGCCAAGGUCAUCCUCGACGGAUUCCACAAGAGCUCCGCCUCCAACCUCCCCUCCUCCGACGCAGGCACAUACCUCCGCACCGCCGCCGACGCCGUCGACGAGCUCCGCGAGUUCCGCCGCGACCUACUCAGGGCCCAGCACCAGCACGAGGUCAAGGUCAAGGUGGAUGUGGAGGGGGACCUUGUUCACAGUGAGAGGAAGCGGAGGAACAAGGAAGAGAGGCGUGUCGUCAAGCAGGAGGAGCAACAUGUCCCUUCUUUGAUCCAACUCCAACAGGAGGAGGAGGAGGCGGUGGUGUCCAAAGUAGGGAUCAGUUUGGUUCCCAGGAAGAAGAAGGAGGAGGAGGAGGAGAAAGACAUCGUCAUCAUCAAGCAGGAGGCAGAGGAGGAGGAGGAGGAGCCGGAGCAGCUCAAGAAGAAGCGGAAGCAUGCCGCGCAAGAGUUGGUCCAGGUGAAGAAAGAACAAGUUGAUUUCGUCGAUGCCGAUUUGGGGAGCGACAAGAAGAAGAAGCACAAGAAAAACAAGAGGAGCAGAGAUGGCGACAACGACGCUCAAGAAGAAGAAGGAAAGGUGGAGCAUACCAAGAAGAAGCAGCGCAAGUAGAAGUAAUCUUGGAGGUUAGGCUUUAGAAGAAGAACCCAUACUGCUUGCAAGCAAAUGUGUCAUGAGGAGGAUAUUUUCGAUGAUUGGAACGGUGAGGUUGAUUUAGCUGUCUGUCGCAUGUUAGGCUUUAUUAUUGUACAAUUGAGGCUGUUGUGGCCUUUUAAAGACAGGCCACUCUGCUAGACUCUGUUUUGUGACACCUGAUCAUUAUGCAAUGCCAUUGUCGCAACAGAACUAGUGACCUACUGA